AUGCUCAAGAAGGUCUCUUCAAGGUCUCCCUUUCCCAUUUCGGUGGCGGCGUCCCCCUGGUCGUCGCAGGACAUUGGGCGUGUUGCUGGGAAGCGCAAGAAGGACGCCCAGGCGGGGUCGGUGAAUGCCGACCGUACGCUUUCGGUGGAGUUUGCGUCGCCUGAUUGGACGGUGGAGGGGCUGCCGUUUGGCUUUAAGAACGCGGCAGGAAAUCUUGCGCUUGACUCAGAGAGACGGUGUCUCUUUGCAGGGCUUGGGACGAAGCCUACGGUGCGUGAAUACCGACUGGCGGUGACGAACGCGGUACGAGAGGCCCAAAAGCUUCAAGCUUCGGCACUUGUGCUUAAGUCAUUGCCAGCUAAUGUGCACUCGAUGGGGGAUUUGUUUCAGGAGCCAAGCGUGCUGCCCUCAAUUGAUGUUGUGGAGAAGACAGCCUCCUUUGCCGUGACUGCCGCCUACAAGUACACUCGCCUGCGUCUCAACAAGGACGGCGGUGAUGAAACCAAAAACCCCAUGGGAAUUUUUAUUGACUCGGUAGCAACAGAUGCCAUAGCUCGGGGCAACAUCAUUGGUGGCUGCGUCAAUGAGGCAAGAAGCCUGGGAAACCUGCGAGAGGAUGAAGGUAGCCCUCAACUGUACUAUGAAUGGAUUACAAAGGAACUUGCUCCACUUGGUGUGAAGGUGCGUCAUGUACUACGGGGAGAGAAGCUGCGAGGGGCUGGAUUAAAUCUCUUAUACAAUGUGGGGAAAGGAUCACGUCACAAGCCUUAUUUGGUGGUUUUUGAAUACACAGGAAAUCGACAUAGUGACGAAGCAACAGCUCUUGUUGGAAAGGGGGUGACGUUUGAUUGUGGCGGUCUGAGUUUGAAGCCAGCUGGCUCGAUGGAGGGGAUGCAUUUGGACAUGAUGGGUGCUGCGACAGUGAUGUCAACAAUUAAAGCCAUUGCUUUGCUUCAAUUACCGGUGAACGUUGUUGGUGCUGUCGGCCUCGCGGAGAAUACCAUUGGCCCUGACAGCUAUUUCCCCUCUUCUAUCAUCACAAGUCGAAAGGGACUGACAGUCGAGGUGCGCAAUACGGACGCUGAGGGCCGCCUUAUUCUUGCUGACACUCUCACAUUUGUGCAGCGGGACGCAAAGUUGGCGAAGAAAUUGAAAACUGUUAUUGACAUCGCCACCCUUACUGGGGCCAUUUUAAUUGGUCUGGGAAGUCGACGUGCGGGGAUGUUUAGUAACGAUCUCCACUUAUCACAACACCUUAUGGCAAGUGGGCGCAGCAGUGGCGAUGAGUUGUGGCCGAUGCCGAUUGGCGAGGAGCACAAGAAUGCGAUGAAGGGCGGGAUCGCAGACCUGAGGAAUGUCUCCUCUGAUAAGGAGGCGGGUUCUUGCACGGCCGCUGCCUUCUUGAGUAAUUUUAUUGAGGAUGGAAUGAAGUGGGCCCAUCUUGACAUUGCAGGACCGGGAAUGGGCGGGGACAAACCAAAGGGGUUUCAGCCCGCCGGGGCGCCUGGAUUUGGCGUACAGAUGCUGCUGGAUUACUUUCGCCUGACGCCGGUGGACGGCGCUGUCAGUGACGCCGUUGACGUCACCAGCACCGAGGGAACGGUGGCCACCUCCGACGAGGACAGCACCGCUCCUGCCACGGCGAGUGGUGCGGAGAAUCCGCCGAAAAGGAAAGGGAUCAAAAAGGCGCAAAAUGCAAAAAAGGACCUGAAGGUGAAUCAGAAGAAGCGGCAUGCAAGGAGGAGGAAGCAGUAA